CAUGCGAUACGCUUUUGUUUUAAGAAGACAUUCCACUACCAAUACUAUUUUGUUUUGGAGCUUAUACUUUCGACGUAUGAUUCAGGUUCACAAGAGAAGAGAGAAGGAAAAGGCUUGCAAUAAUGGCAUCUGGAGGGGCAUUGCAGAAAGCAAUUGAGCUAGUAACAAAAGCCACAGAAGAAGACAAAAGCAAUAAUUAUGCAGAAGCUUUGAGGCUGUAUGAAUCAGCCGUGGAAUAUUUCCUUCACGCUAUGAAAUAUGAAGUUCCUAAUGAACGGGCAAAGGACACCAUUCGCGCCAAGUGCAAAGAAUACCUAAACAGAGCUGAGAAGCUUAAAGAACAUCUAGGAAAGAAGAAGAAAGCAGAAAAGGCUGGUGUUCCAGUGGGGUGAGUGCCAGUCUGAAAUAGGAAAGGAAUUUUAUAUAU